AUGGCGGCGGACGGGAGCAGCGCCCGGCUCUGCCGGAGCUGGCCGGCGGCGGCUCUGCUGGGUUUACAGCUCUUCUCCAUGGCUGUCACCUUGGAGGUCUCAGUGGGGAAAAACCACCUUGUGAUGGCUCUGAAUGGCUCAGAAGUGCAGCUGCCCUGCAUCUUCACCACUUGCAUAGGAUUCAAGAACCUUGACUUCACUUGGUAUUACAACAGCACUGACAUGAUAUAUCACGGGACUAUACAGAACAAAGCAUCCGAGCCAACGAUGCUAUACGCAGACUCUCGGGUUCGGUUCAUUGGCACAACCACUGGGAAGGAAAACAACAUCUCCAUCUCCAUGUUUGUGGACUUCGAUGAUGCUGGGAAGUACACCUGCCAUGUCAGGAACCCAAAGGAAAUGAAUGCUGAACACAAUGCCACCAUCAUCCUCAAGGUGGUCCAGGAGCUGGUACCAGUGGACAACACGCUGACGCGCAUCAUCGUGGGAACCGUGGGCGGGCUCGUCGGCCUCCUCAUCCUCAUCCUUGUCAUCAAGAAAAUCAUCCUGCUCAUCCUCAAAAAGUCUCAGGAGAAGAAGAAGGAGUGUCUCGUGAACUCCUCAGGGAUCGACAACACUGAGAAUGGUCUGGCGGGCUCCAAGGCGGAACAGAAAGCUCCACCAAAGGCAUGA